AUGUUUCGGGAGAUCCUUUCUCUCGGGCCCGCUUACUUGAGCCUCCUUGUUCUUCUCCUCAUCGUCUCUUACUAUGUUUUGAGGACAGCCUAUGUCGACUACCAAAUUAGGAAACUCGGCGCUGUUAGAUCAAUUGUAUUAGCCACGAACCCGCUCAUAGGAUUUCCCUUCUUCAUCGAUGCUGCCAUUAAACAGGGCCAGAACAAGCUGUUGGAAUUUUACGAUGGGCUGUACAAGUCAUCCCCCGCGACGUGCCCCAACUGCGUCGAAAUAUCCAUUUCGGCACAGCACAGGUUCAUCAUGACGAGAGACCCCGACCACGUCAAAACCAUCUUGACAUCCAAGUUCUCAGACUUUGGAAAGGGCGAGCGAUUCCACGAUACGUGGAGCCCGUUUCUAGGCGACAGCAUCUUCACUACUGAUGGCCAAUUGUGGUCAGACAGCCGCGGCCUCAUCCGCCCAAUGUUCAUCAAGGAAAAGGUCCGGGACAUAGAAAUAUUUGAGCGGUGGACCCAGACAUUAAUGACCAAGAUACCCUCGUCGGGGGAGACGGUUGACAUUUGUGAUUUGUUCUAUCGAAUGACACUCGAUGUCACAACCGACUUUCUGCUCGGAACAAGCGUGAACAGUCUUAACAAUCCCAAGCACGAGUUUGUCGACGCCUUCACCGAAGUCCAGCGUGUACAAAUGAUGCUCACGAUACUCGCCCCAUUCCGAUGGUUGGUUCCCAAGCGUCGGUAUAACAAGGGCAUCCGGGUCCUUGAGAGGUUCAUGAAGCCCUACAUCGAGCAGGCACUGGCCCUCCCGCCAUCCGAGCUCGACAAGCUCUCCAAGUCGGACAAGAGCGCCACAUUCUUGCACAGCAUCGCCCGCUAUUCGAGGAACCCCAAGGUCCUUCGCGACCAAAUCAUGGCCAUUCUUCUAGCCGGCCGUGACACGACAGCCGCGACUCUGUCAUGGACCAUCUAUGAGCUUGCGCACUAUCCAGCUAUAUACACCAAGCUGCGUAACGAGAUACUCUCGACUGUUGGAGAGCAUAGAGCACCGACAUAUGAGGAUCUUAAGAAUAUGACUUAUCUAACGCACACACUAAACGAGACUCUGCGGCUCUACCCCGCCGUGCCGUAUAACCUGCGCGCGGCGCUUGAGGACACAACUUUACCGGGGCAGCCGGGCCAGCCCGACAUUGCGGUGUUGAAGAAAGACAUUGUGAUUUAUAGCACCCUGUCGAUGCAGCGCCGUGCGGACCUCUACCCGCCACAGAGUGAGAAAUUUGCCGACCCGGCCGUGUUCAGCCCAGACAGGUGGGACCACUGGACGCCAAAGGCAUGGCAAUACGUUCCAUUCAAUGGAGGCCCCAGGAUCUGCGUGGGCCAAAACUUUGCAAUGACCGAGAUGGCUUUCGCUAUGGUACGCAUUCUCCAAAAGUACGACCGAAUCGAAUAUCGCGGCGAUUGGUAUGCACAGUAUCACAAGGCUGAGAUUGUGGGCUGCCCGGGUGAAGGGGUUCACGUUGCGUUCCAUGAGGCACAGAAGGGCGAUAUGGCUUGA